AUGAGUUCAACUGUUUCUUCUGUAUUUUGUGCUAGUAAUAUAUCAGGUCACCAUAAAUUAAAUAAUGAAAUUAAUCUUUAUGAAGUAUUUUCAUUAUCAAAGAAUAAUCCAAUAAUAGCAUCAGCAUUUAAUAGCUGUUACCAAAAAGCACUUCUUUCAUUAAAUGAACACAUUGAAGGAAUAGAUACAACAACAGUAUCAUCUUUCAAACGAUCAACAUAUGAUGUAAAUGAAGAUGACUUUGAUACAACUGUUUUUCCAAAACGUUCAUUCACACCAUCAUCAACAGCCAUAUGCCAAUGGCAACAUGAACAAUUCUUAAAGGAAAAAUUUAUUCGAAUACUUAUUCCAAUUGUUGCAGUAAAUAUGUAUUCGAUUGUUUUACAUUGGCUUGAACUUGAAUUAAAAAAUGAAGAAGAGCGUGAAAGUAGAAAUGAACAAAACAAAAAUGAUUUAAAAAAUAAAAUAUAUGAAUUAAAAUCAAUGGAAAAUUCAAUUGAUGUUGAUAAAUUAUAUGAAUUUAGUGGAAAUUCCAAAGAUAUCUUGAUUGAACAAGUCGAUUGGAAAUUUGUUGCAACAAAAAUAAGAAGUAAAGGUGGCUUUAAAUAUUUUGAUGAAUUUGCUUUAAAACGUAUGUGGAAACAUCGAUGUCAAUAUGGAUUAAAGAACUCAUGGUCUGACCAAGAAGAUACAAUUUUAAAUCAAUUAGUUGAACAGUUCGGUUUUGGAAAAUGGAAUGAAAUUUCACAACAUGAAAUGUUUCAAAAAAAUAAAAAAUCAGCUUAUAUGUGUUCACAACGAUAUAUGUCGACAGCGAACAAAGCAUUUUCAAAAAGACGAUUCACGCAAAAUGAAAAAGAUCUUUUGUCAUCGAUGUACAAACAUCGCUGCUCAGUAAUAAAAGAUUAUCGAUUUUGUGUUUCUUAUGCUUCUUAUUUACUUGGUGAUCGUUGUCUACCUGAAGUCACUCACGUAUGGGCAUAUAUUAAUCCUGAUAUUAAAAAAAACCCAUUUACACCAGAAGAAGAUGCUAUUUUACUUCAAUACAUCAAUAAAAAUCAAUCGAUUUGCUGGGCUAUAUUAGUCGCUAGCCAUCUGCCUGGUCGAUCAGCGAUUCAAUGUCGACAACGUUAUUUUCAACUGACUAAACCUCAAUCGAGUAAAAAGGCAAAACGAACAAAUAAAAAAGUACAUGUAAACAAUAAUCAUUUGAAAAUCGUGUGA